GUAAGAAAAAAGAAAUGUGGUCAAAAUGGGUCGUGAUAAAAUCGAGGGAAUGGAACCGGCAAAAAAGUUAUCCAAGACAAUCAUCCGGUCCCUAAGAGAGACAAAACCCACACGCACCGUUACAAAUUUCAGUCUUCCGUCUAGUCUCCAGCAACCCAACGAGCAAGCGACAGAGAUGGCUGCGGAGGUGAUCUGUUGUGGGACCAAGUUCUGGCUGUAUGUGCUUAUCAUCAUAGGGCUGGUGUGCUUUGCCGGAAUGAUGGCUGGGCUGACGCUGGGCCUCAUGUCUCUCGGCCUCGUGGACCUCGAGGUCCUCAUGAAGUCCGGUCGUCCUCAGGAUCGCAAGCACGCCGCUAAGAUUUAUCCAGUGGUAAAGAAUCAGCAUCUGCUACUUUGUACACUUUUAAUUGGCAACGCCUUGGCGAUGGAGGCUCUUCCUGUAUUCUUAGACAGUCUUGUGCCCCCUUGGGCAGCCAUUGUGAUAUCAGUCACUCUCAUCCUCGUGUUUGGGGAGAUAUUGCCACAAGCAGUCUGUACUCGCUAUGGAUUGACUGUUGGGGCAACAAUGGCCCCGUUCGUGCGUGUUCUUCUUAUUAUUUUCCUCCCAAUUUCUUAUCCAAUUAGUAAGGUUCUGGAUUGGAUGUUAGGUAAGGGGCAUGCCGCCCUUUUAAGGAGAGCAGAGCUAAAGACUUUUGUGGAUUUUCAUGGUAAUGAGGCUGGGAAAGGCGGGGAUUUAACACAUGAUGAAACUACCAUCAUCGCUGGGGCACUUCAGUUGACUGAAAAGACUGCAAAAGAUGCCAUGACUCUCAUAUCAAGCGCAUUUUCCCUUGAUCUGGAUGCACCUCUUACUUUGGAAACACUGAAUGCAAUAAUGACAAAGGGUCAUAGUAGAGUUCCAGUUUAUGCUGGGAAUCCCAAAAAUAUUAUUGGACUUGUUCUGGUUAAGAAUCUCUUGAUGAUUGAUCCAGAAGAUGCAGUUACUUUGAGAAAAAUGAUGAUAAGAAGAAUUCCUCGGGUUUCGGAAGACAUACCUCUGUAUGAUAUUCUAAAUGAAUUUCAGAAGGGUCAUAGCCACAUUGCUGUUGUAUAUAAGGAUCUAAAUGGGAGAAGGGAAGCAUUAAAGAAUGGCAAAGAGGGUGAAACAUCUGUGUUUAAGGAUGACUGUAAGAUGCAAGGAGGCCAAUCUGAGGCUUCAUUGAAGAAAGAUGGAAAAGUGGGUUCAAACAAUGCUCAGAUAGCAAUGGACAAUGGUGACGGAGGUCAACAAAAUAAAAAAAGCCCACCAGCUACUCCGGCUUUUAAGAAACGACACAGAGGUUGUUCGCAUUGUAUUCUGGACAUUGAGAAUACUCCUAUCCCAGUUUUCCCAGACAAUGAAGAGGUUGUAGGAGUAAUAACCAUGGAGGAUGUCAUUGAAGAACUUCUUCAGGAAGAGAUAUUGGAUGAAACGGAUGAGUACGUCAAUAUCCACAACAGGAUUAAGGUCAAUAUGCAUGCAUCUCAGGAAAAGGAUUUUCACUUGAAUUCACCUGAACUCCCAGAAGGGUCAUCUGCCACUCCAACGAUAACAUCAUCAGUGCCUACAGAUUCAGGUUCUACUCAACAUCAAGACUGCUAAGGUGGCUACUAUCGGUCCCAUGCCAACAAGCUCACAUACCCCAACACAUCAAAGGUUCUGAAGGUGACAUGUCGAGGGAUCGGUGAGAUUUGUCAUUGUUUUUUUCCUCGUAUGAGUCAAAUUUAGAUGCAGAAAAGCCAAAUUUUAGUUAAAAGCUCACGUAAAAUUAACCAAGACUACAUACAAGUAUGGUACUCUAAUUAUGUAGAAAGAGAGACUCCACUCCAUGUUUGAUCAAACCCACGGCUAAGACAUCUCUCUCCUUGUUUUUUAUUUUUUGAAUGUAAAUUCUACUUGAAGUGUUACCAAAAGGGAAAUUAAUGACAGGCGCGGAACAUUUAUUUGAUC